CUUGUCAAAUAAAAUAAUUUUGAUAUGCAAAUGAAUUUUUAGAAAGGUUAAUUGUAAUUUUAAUUAGUAACUUAGAAAUAAUGUUGCAAUUUUUUCAAAGAAGAAAAUCGGAUGAACUGAAGAGUAAUCCUAUUGUGCCAAAUGAAAAUUACUUCGAAAAUGAAAUAGAUUUAAAAAAUAGUGUUUAUGAUUUUAUAAGAACAAUUAAAGAUCCGGAAAAACCACAAACGUUAGAAGAUUUAAAUGUUGUUUAUGAAGAUGGUAUCACCAUUCAGCCUCCAACAACGGGAAAUGUUAGUGUAGUACGUGUUGAAUUUAAUCCAACUGUUCCACAUUGUUCAUUAGCAACUUUAAUAGGACUUUGUAUUCGAGUAAAAUUAGAGAAAAAUAUUCCACAAUACUUAAAAUUAGAUAUUUAUAUAAAAAAAGGAACUCAUGAUACGGAAGAUGAAAUUAAUAAACAAAUAAAUGAUAAAGAAAGAAUAGCGGCAGCUAUGGAAAACCCUAAUUUGAAAGAAUUAGUGGCAAAUUGUAUAAAAGAAGAAGACUAAUUAAAUAUCCAUAUCCGAAUAAGGAUUUGAUAUGCGUCCUUUUGUAAAUGUGACAUAAAUUUUAAUUAUUGUUAUUGUAGAUAAA